AGAUUACAGAAUGGGAUUAUUUGGACAAACUCCUCAAAAGACGCCAAAGGAACAGGUCUGUAGGAUUUUUAUGAGAGAUGACUUGAAAUAUUACCAGUCGUCGGGUGCAUACCGCCAAGCUUGGAACGUACACUUUCGAUUUCAACCUUACUUGUAACAUAUAGGAGCAAUUGCCGAAUAUCCCCGGCCACCUUAAAGCGAUUAAACCGUGGCCAGUUUUUGAUCGAAAAUGGUACGCUGUGUAAAAUGAUUAGAUAAAACUUAACCUUACCGUACUUCGUUUAAUAAAGCUUGAAUUCAUGUCUAUCGUAGUCUUCACUGAAUUAUAACAAAGUUAAUCUUUGUCAGGGAGAAAUUCAAGCUUUAUACAAUGUAAGUGCAUGCCAAACUGAUAUUGUAAAUUGUUAUCACAAAUCAAAACUUUAGUCUCCAGACAUGACUGCAGACUGGUGAAAUCUUAUUGAAGGGUCUACUCAUACAUUCACAGUAUACAGUGUACAAAGUAGAUGUACAUGUACCUAUGUACAUUUAGGACUUUUUAAUCUCUUUCCAGGUUCAAGAAUGGUGUAGAGGGCUAAGGAAAGAAAACAGAAAUCUCGAUAGGCAGAUUAGAGGUAUAUGCAACUGCAAGGUUUGCAUUCACUUGGCUCAAUCCAGAACCCAUUGAGAAGUGGUAGAUGACGUCAUAAUGCACAGCGCAUGACGUCGUUCCUCCGAAAAAGUGCGAAAAAGAUGUUGCUGGAAUUGUAACAUUUGACCUGAUUAGUUUACGUACCACCAAUCAUGUUAUUGCUUAUAUAUAUUUCAGUGGCAUGACCGGAGUUUAAUGUUCAAUGUUAAGAAAAUCACUCGAACAAUGCAAAAUAUUUGAAAUUUCAUUGUCAGAGAGUCAAGUCUACAAGAAAUGGCAAACUUUGGCGAUUAUCCGGGAGAUUUCAGACUCUAAUCUGGAGAGCGGGAGAUACGGUUCAAAAUCUGGAGUCUCCCGGAUUAUCCGGGAGAGUUGACAUCACUGAGAACAAAGAUAAAUGACCAUGCAGACGAAACUUCCUGUGUCAGGGAAUUCAUCUAGUAUAAAACUGCACACAGUUGAGCCUGGUUUCCAUGUGAUUGAUAACUGGGAAUGUGCAUUUUUGUGCAAUCUGUGAAAUUACGUUCCUUGUUAGUUGGGAUCUUGUGUAAUUUGUUCACCCCUUGUUUGACACAGUGACUGAUUUAUUGACCGACACUCGGUCGACAUAUCGAUAGAUAUAUUGACUGAAACGCGACCUAUAUGUCAGUUGAUAUAUCGACCAACACUUGGUCAACCUGUCGACUGCGUCAUGUCGGUCAACAUGUCGACCCAUAUCUAAUAUCGGGAGAGUAUCAAUAUUUGGCCAGUAUAUUUGUCAACACUCGGUCGAUAUGGUGACCUUUAAUUGUUGGUGGAAUAUCGGUUGACUAUCAGUGGUAUAUCAAUUGACUGUCAUAUAAUUUUAUGUGCCAUAGGGUCUUUUUAAAAGCGUUUAGCGUCUUGAAAGCAUCUGGUAUGGGUGACCGGAAGUGUUAUGGACCAUACAAUCUGACAACGUCAACAUCCAUUUUCGUGAUUAUCCCAUUUCACCAUGUUACUCAAAAGAAGGGAAUUUUGUUUGGAGAUGAAAGGAGGUGACCACACCCAAUUUCAGACAUAGAUGGUAGAAUUUAUUGCCUUGCUGAUCCAUUCCAGUUCUCAAGUAAACUUAAAAUUUGGUCAUUUCAGGUCAUAUUUGCAAAGAAAGUUCAAAAAAGGGUGAUGCAUGUGCAGAGUUGUUGUUUUGCUCAUCAAACCUAUUACUUUUUCUCGUUGCCGUCACCAUCAUAGUUUCGUAAGGUCCAUAUGGUUUUUAUUCCCACGAGAUACCAUAACGAAAGUGGUCAAAAUGUCGUUUUUUAAUAAACAGAGAAUUCGUAUUCUGUAAAAACCUGUGAAACUCAUGAGUGACGUACAACAGUUAAUGUAAAGAAGCCUCUGAGAGAUGGGGAGGAGAACAGGGAUAUCUGUGCUGCUCCACAGACGUUACUAACCUGGGUUAAAUUACAUCCAUGACACAGGUUAUAGUCCACUAAGUUUGCAAGGAUCAGUGAAGUAUCGGCAGAAUGUCAGUAACCUAUUGAUCGACACAUCGGCCAACAAUUGGACAACCACUAUCAACCGACACUCCACCAAUAUGGCAACUGACAUCACUUGGUCAACAGGUCAACCGCGUCGGUCACAUUUCGGUCAAUAUAUGUCGACCGAGUGUUGGUCGAUAUAUCGGCCACUAUGUCGAUCAAGGUCGGGGUGCACAUAUUACUCAAGAUCUGUUAGUUGUAGGUGCUCCUUGAGAAGUCCUUAAAAAAUGGUUGCAAAUUUUUGUUUGAACCUUGUGUUAUUUUUUACACUCUGUAGUGUGCUAAGAAUUUGAAUCAGUCUGACGUCAGUUUAUCUUGUAAAUGCACUUUGCAGCCAUUCAAAGGGAGGAAGAGAAGGCCACAAGAUCUCUGAGAGAUGCUGCUAAGAAGGGACAGAAAGAUGUAUGUAUGAUCCUUGGCAAAGAAAUUGUCCAGUCAAGAAAAGCUGUAAGCAAAAUCUAUGCUUCCAAGGCACAACUGAACUCUGUGGAGAUGAGUAUGAAAAAUCAGCUUGGUAAGUCAUUUGUAGUUUGAUUGUUAACAAGGUUUUUGAUAUUGAAAUGAAUUCAAUUUAUUAUGGCGUUUUGAAGCUACUUAAGUAAAUCAAAAACCAGAAUAAUGCAAAAGAUAUUUUAAACUGCAAGCUGGUGUAGCUUACAAUGAUGUAUUUUGAAGCGCUUUUUACCUUGAGUUCUGGGUAUAAGCCCCCUCAAAUAUACACAUAAACCCCUCCGUUUCUUAGUCCUCUUAAAACUCCUUACCAAAAUGCAUAAGUCCAUGGGUUGUAAGCGGUGCUUUAUAGUCACAGUGAUGUCAACUCUCCCUCUUUUGGCGGAGACUUACGCUUUUUUGCCUCGUCUCCCGCUCUCCCGCUUUGGUACAUAAAUCUCCUGCUUCUUACGUCCACUAUAAAUAUUGAAUACUUAGUUAAAAAAUAAAGCAGACUUAGUCUGAGAUUUAGCCCAUUAUUAGCUCAAAACUUGAUUUUUUCUUAUUCGCAGUAUGGUUUGUGGGGCAUUUUUACACGUAUUUAGUCAUUGACAAAGAUUAUUUCUAGCAUCUAAACAAUGAUUUCGAAUUUUGAUAGUAUGUACAUCAUGUAAGACGUCAUAGUGUCCUAAAAUUCCCCUUGUCAUUCCCUUUGAAAUUCGGGGGGUUGUGGAAGACAGUCUCCCGAUUUUAGGUCUCCAGAGGUUGGCAUCUCUGUAGUCAUCAAUGUCAAUGUAAAGUGUUACAUACUGGCUGAGGCAAACAUGUUACACCUACCAAGACAUUAACAUUAUUUCAGAGAAUUAUCCCAAAAAAAACAAAUCUAACAUUGAUUUAUUAUACAUUGUUUGAGGAAGAAAGUAAUGGUAAACCGUUACAGCUCUAAUAAGCCUUAUGUCCUCGCUACUGUGCCAAAUCAUUGAUAAAUUGAAUUGCCAAUUUGACCAUACACAGCAACUCUCCGACUAGCUGGUUCACUUGAAAAGAGCAGUGAAGUAAUGCGAUACAUGCAGCAGUUGGUGAAGGUGCCUGAAAUUCAAGCAACAAUGCAAGAACUGUCCAAAGAGAUGAUGAAGGUAUGCAAAUGCUCCAUGCAUGUUUUCUUACAUAUUAUUGUUGGGAAUUGCCUGAGAUUUCAUAAUUAAUCAUCAGAAAUAAUCAGAUUGACUCAUAGGAUCAAUUGUAUUAUUGAUUACUGUAUAACUGAAAAUUCUCUUUGUAAGAAUUCCAUUUUAAUAAGAUGGCCGUUGUACCAUGUUUUAGAACAUAACAGAAACAUACAAAAUUAAUGUAUCAGAAAAGGGAUAUCAGUGGAUUCAAGUUUUCUCACCAUAGAGUUCCAGUAGCUCAGUGGUUAGAGAAUCCAAUCUAGAACUCAGAGAGUCGUGAGUUUGAUUCUCACUUGCAGCUAAUGUAGAAUUUUUCUGUGCUUUCAGAGCGAUCAAAUUUUCUUUCUUCUUUUUGAGACCAUGCAUUAAAAAUGCGUCACAUAUGAGUUUAUAUUUUGCUAACAACAAAUUGUAUUUUUUUCCCAUAAAAAGUAUUUUCCGUAAUUGAUUUUAGUGCGGCUAAAAGAUUUCAAUCAAUGAUUGCAUGGUUAUAAUCAAUAUGUUUGGCACAACACUCUUACAUAAUUUUGUAUAAUUUAUUAUUUGACUGUUAACAUUAUUUUUGUGGAUGGGCAGAAAGUAAUAUCACAAAAUUAAGUGUACACUUAUGUUUUCAUUGACCAUUGUAAUGACACUGCUGUUACAAAAUUAAUAAUCCUUGGAAGGCAUGAAUUUGACCUGCUGACUGCUCCUGGUUAUGUAGCCUGUGCCAGCCUCUCAGAUAGUAGCGGUAUUGUGAAAACAAGGGCAAGGAAAAACAGGAUGGGUGUGACCUGGCAUUAAAGGGGGUGGAGUUACCCUUCCCUCCCCAGGCCCCAUGCAUUUUUCACAAUCUCUGCACAUACAUUACCAUCUUGGGGCCUGGAACAGGCUAUACUGGUUAUCUUAACAAAGUGUGACAAUUGAAAAACUUGUUUAAAACUGUAACCCUUCCGUCCUGAAACGUGUAUAUGUUGUGGUUCAAUUUUAUCCUUGGUUUAAAUUUUAUUUCCAUUUUUUUUAAACUCAUUAUCAGACAUUACCAAACCCCAAAACAAAGGGAAUUAAAAUUUAAACCAAGGAUAAAAUAUGACCCACAACAAAUAUAUGCUACUAAUUAUAAAAUGUGGGUUAUUUUUCCCCAGAAAGCACAGUUAGGCCUAUUUUCGAGCUCUCCUACCCCAUCAAAACUAUAAGGCUAUCAUUGAACGAGUUUCAAAAUGGCAGAGAAUUAAGGUGACUUUGCAUCAUUUUUCCUUCAAAAAUGGGAAGAUGUUCAUUAAAAAAAAUCAAGACCUACAAUAUACUGAAUGAUGGAAAUGUCAAGCAGCAGAAAUUGGAUGAAAAUGGAGGAUUUCGUCCAAACUGACCCCACAAAAUUCAGAGAUCAAAGGGUCAACCUUAAUGUUACAUUUUUUCUGGUGUUCCAGAAUGCCUUCUUGUAAAAAAAUUGAUGGGUCCUUGCAAGUUGUUUGGAAGAGCUAGGGCAACCAUUUACACUUUAAACUUUUUUACGUUUUUCUUAAAGUCUAUUAAAUGGGUAAGUUAGGGUGUCGUAGGGUCUCCGAACAAUUGAAAAAACUUUCAAAUUAUACUUGUAAAGUUUAAGUUGAAUUUACGUCUGGUAAUGCUUGCAGGCCGGUAUUAUAGAAGAAAUGUUAGAAGACACAUUUGAAGGAUUGGAGGAGGAUGAUUUAGAGGAAGCUGCACAAGAAGAAGUUGAAAAAGUUUUGUUUGAAGUCACAAAAGGUACUGCGAAACUACAGCUACGUGUAGUAUUCUUUACAUUUGAGAGUUGCAGCUAGAUAGUUAGUCUCUUGUCAGCGUCUGCUGCAGUAGGUAAAGGUAAAGGUGCACACGAGACAAAGUCCCAAAUGAACAGAGCUUCCCUGCAAUGGGAGUGAAAUGUGCUAACCCCAUCUUGGUUUCUUUAGCAUGAAGCAUGCCCUAGGAGUAAUAUUGCUACUCCCCCUGUCCCUAGAUAGGAUACUACCAGUAGUCCAUCACAGGGUUACCCCCCAGGAGUAUGUCACUGGUACCCAUUUAUACACCUGGGUGAAGAGAGAUAAAGUAGAGUAAAGAGUAAUAAGGAGUAAUAAAUAGAGGAUAUUACAUGGCCGAGCGGAGAUACGAAAUUUCUCUUCGAUUGUUGAAAAAUAUUUCACGAGUGAGCGCAGCUAACGAGUGAAAUAUUUUCAACACAAGAAGAGACAUUUCGUAUCUCCAAGCGGCCAUGUAAUGUUCUAUUUAUUAUAUAAACACCAAUGAAAUACCAAACCAUUUCACUGAAACAGUUUUUUCCUGCAAAAGGCGUGAUUUAUUAUGUAACCAUAGGAACGGUGAUAUUUUCACGUGUGAAAAUAACAUGUUAUUUUCAUGUGUGAAGAUAUCAUGUUUUCAUGCGAAAGCUCACCUGGUAUUUUAUUGGUGUUUUUAUAAUAAAGAGUAAUAAAGAAGAGUAAAUGCAAGGGCGAGGCUAGAACACCAGACCUCCAGAUCCAGAUGUCGAGGUGUUAACCACUCAGCCACACAUGCCUCCACUCCCACAGAUUAAGCCUUAAAAUGUGAAUCUAAUGAUUCUUGUACCAUAAAAUGCACUGUUAACUAAUUUAUUAAUAAUGAACUAACAACCUUUAGCACUGAUAAAAGUUGAACUUUGUGGUAUCACUACUUGCAUUUAUAUAGGCCAUCCCCAACUUCCAAGAUCUCUCUGACUUUUAAAAUGAGGCUAAGUGUUAAACCUUUCUUGUGAAAAUGAGUUUUAUUCUAUGAGAGUAAAAAGUCAUUUUAAUAUAAAUGGCUUGGCACUUAGCCUCGCUUUGAAACAGAGGUUUGAGACAACUGCCAAAUGGCCCAUUGGCUUACUUGGCUUAUACAUGUAGCACAAAGAAUAUUCACGCCAUGUUUUUCUCGUUCACGCACUAUCAGUUCUUUACUCUUAGUGAUCGACAUUUUUGUGCAGUUAAUUCACUGCUUAAGUUUGUGUCAAGGCGACUGGUUUCCUUAUUUGUGUUAUUUUCCCACAGGUGCUCUUGGACAAGCAGGUCACGUGACAGACAAGUUACCGGUGAGUCAUCAGGCAUAGAGUAUUCAUGUACCACAAUAAAUUGGUUUAAAAGACCGACUGCCAAAAAAAUUUUUCCCAAAGUUACGUAGUCAGUCUCUGUGGUGUAGUGGUGAGGUGUAGUCGCGCCGAGCCGAGGGUGCCGGGUUCGACUCCUACCGAACUCUCUUUUUCCUUCUUUCUUUUUUUUCUGUUUUUUUUUUGUGUUUUUGUUUUUUAUAAAUAUAUAGCUACAUAACUAGUACUUAAUAAAGUGCAAUAAACAGCAAGAAAAGUAUCAUGUUUCCAGAGAAAAGAUAGUACACCCUAUGUUAAAUAUAUGGAUAAACAAUCUGAAUUUCUAUCAUUUCCUACAAUUUACUGUGGGAAAACCAGAGUUGAUAACCACUUGAUCAUUUUUUAAACAACGUUCCCACGAGUUCUUUAUAUAGACUAAUAGUAAUUAUUCUAGUACUUUCCAACAACAUCUAAAUAGGACAUUCAAUGUCAUUCUUUUAAGUCCCACUGCUUAACUAAUGCCAGUAUCAACAAAAUGUGCCGCAGCAUUACUAUCUUUUAGAUACCUUAGUUACUCUAUUAUUACUGAAGAUUUUACCGAGUUUUAAAUAAAGAAUCUACCUACCUACCUACCCUUCUUACCCCUUGUUACCAUUGUUACCCCUUCUUACCCCUUCUUACCCCUGUUACCCCUUGUUACCCUUGUUGCCUCUUGUUACCUCUUGUUACCCUUGUUACCCUUCUUACCUCUUGUUACCCUUGUUACUCCUGUUACCCCUUAUUACCCCUGUUACCCCUUGUUACCCUUGUUACCGCUUGUUAACCCGUGUUACCCCUUGUUACCCCUUGUUACCCUUGUUACCCCUUGUUCCCCUUGUUACCCCUUGUUACCCCUUGUUACCCUUUUUACCCUUGUUACCCUUGUUACCCUUGUUACCCCUUGUUACCCCUUGUUACCCUUGUUACCCCUUUUUACCCCUUGUUACCCUUUGUUCCCCCUGUUUCCCCUUGUUACCCUUGUUACCCUUGUUUCCCCUUGUUACCCCUUUUUACCCUUGUUACCUUUGUUACCCCUUGUUACCCCUGUUACCCUUGUUACCCCUGGUUACCUCUUGUUGCCCUUGUUACCCUUUUUACCUUUUGUUAGCCGUUGUUACCCCCUGUUACCCCUUGUUACCCUUGUUACCCUUGUUACCUGUUGUUGCCUUUGUUACCCUUUGUUACCCCUUGUUACCCUUGUUACCCCUUGUUACCCCUUGUUACCCUUGUUACCCCUGUUACCCUUUUUACCCUUGUUACCCCUUGUUACCCUUGUUACCCCUUGUUACCCUUGUUACCCCUUGUUACCCCUUGUUACCCCUUGUUACCUUGUUACCCCUUGUUACCCCUUGUUACCCCUUGUUACCCUUGUUACCCUUGUUACCCCUUGUUACCCCUUGUUACCCUUGUUACCCCUUGUUACCCUUGUUACCCUUUGUUACCCCUUGUUACCCCUUGUUACCCUUGUUACCCCUUGUUACCCUUGUUACCCUUGUUACCCCUUGUUACCCCUUGUUACCCCUUGUUACCCCUUGUUACCCCUGUUUGCCCCUUUACCCUUGUUACCCUUGUUACCCCUUGUUACCCUUGUUACCCCUUGUUACCCCUUGUUGUUACCCCUUGUUACCCUUGUUGCCCUUGUUACCCUUGUUACCCUUGUUACCCUUGUUACCCCUUGUUACCCCUUGUUACCCCUUUGUUGCCCCUUGUUACCCCUGUUACCCUUGUUACCCUUUUUGCCCUUGUUACCCUUUUACCCCUUGUUACCCUUGUUACCCUUGUUACCCUUGUUACCCCUUGUUACCCCUGUUACCCCCUUGUUACCCUUGUUACCCCUUUGUUACCCUUUUAGCCCCUUGUUGCCCCUUGUUACCCUUGUUUUUUGUUACCCUUGUUACCCCUUGUUACCCCUUGUUACCCCUUGUUACCCUUGUUUUGUUGCCCCUUGUUACCCCUUGUUACCCUUGUUACCCUUGUUACCCUUUGUUACCCUUUGUUACCCUUUUUACCCUUGUUACCCCUUGUUACCCCCUUGUUACCCUUGUUACCCUUGUUACCCCUUUUGUUACCCCUGUUUACCCUUGUUACCCCUUGUUUACCCCUUUACCCCUUGUUACCCUUGUUACCCCUUGUUACCCUUUUUUACCCUUUGUUACCCCUUGUUACCCCUUGUUACCCUUGUUACCCUUGUUACCCCUUGUUACCCUUGUUACCCUUGUUACCCCUUGUUACCCCUUACCUUACCCUUGUUACCCUUGUUGUUACCCCUUGUUACCCCUUGUUACCCCUUGUUGUUUGUUACCCUUGUUACCCUUGUUACCCCUGUUACCCCUUGUUACCCCUUGUUACCCCUUGUUACCCCUUUGUUACCCUUGUUACCCCUUUUUACCCCUUGUUACCCCUUGUUGUUGUUACCCUUUACCCUUGUUACCCCUUGUUACCCUUUGUUACCCUUUGUUACCCUUUUUACCCCUUUUUGUUACCCCUUGUUACCCCUUGUUACCCUUUGUUACCCCUGUUGUUACCCUUGUUACCCUUGUUACCCCUUGUUACCCUUGUUACCCCUUGUUACCCUUGUUACCCUUGUUACCCCUUUGUUACCCUUGUUACCCUUGUUACCCUUGUUACCCUUGUUUACCCUUUUUUGCCCCUGUUACCCUUGUUACCUGUUACCCUUUUACCCUUGUUACCCCUUGUUGUUACCCUUGUUACCCCUUGUUACCCCUUUACCCUUUUUUUUUUACCCCUUUUGUUACCCUUGUUACCCCUUGUUACCCCUUUGUUACCCUUGUUACCCUUGUUGCCCCUUGUUACCCUUGUUACCCCUGUUACCCCUUGUUACCCUUGUUACCCCUUGUUACCCCUUGUUACCCCUUGUUACCCCUGUUACCCUUGUUACCCUUUACCCCUUACCCUUUUACCCCUUGUUACCCCUUUGUUACCCCUUGUUACCCCUUGUUACCCUUGUUACCCCUUGUUUCCCCUUGUUACCCCUUGUUACCCUUGUUACCCUUGUUACCCCUUGUUACCCUUGUUACCCCUGUUACCCCUUGUUACCCCUUGUUACCCUUGUUACCCCUUGUUACCCUUGUUACCCCUUGUUACCCUUGUUACCCCUUGUUACCCCUUGUUACCCUUUGUUACCCCUGUUACCCCUUGUUACCCUUGUUACCCCUUGUUACCCUUGUUACCCCUUGUUACCCUUGUUACCCUUGUUACCCUUGUUCCCGCUUGUUACCGUUUGUUACUCCUUGUUACCCCUGGUUACCCCUUGUUAUCUAUGUUACCCUUGUUACGCCUUGUUAUCCUUUGUUCCCCUUUGUUACCCCUUGUUCCUUUUCUUACCCCUUGUUAGCCCUUGUUACCCUUCUUAACCCAUUUACCCCAUGUUACGCCUUGUUAUCCUUUGUUACGCUUGUUACCUCUUGUUACCCCUUGGUUACCCUUGUUACCCCUGUUACCCUUACCCCUUGUUACCCUUGUUACCCCUUGUUACCCCUUUACCUUGUUACCCUUUGUUACCCCCUUGUUACCCCUUGUUACCCCUUGUUACCCCUUGUUACCCCUUGUUACCCUUUGUUACCCCUUGUUACCCUUUUACUUUUGCCCUUGUUACCCUUUGUUACCCUUGUUACCCUUGUUACCCUUGUUACCCCUUGUUACCCUUGUUACCCCUGUUACCCUUGUUACCCUUGUUACCCCUUUGUUACCCUUGUUACCCCUUUGUUACCCCUUUUACCUUGUUACCCUUGUUACCCUUUGUUACCCUUGUUACCCUUUGUUACCCUUGUUACCCUUGUUACCCCUUGUUACCCCUUGUUACCCCCUUGUUACCCCUUGUUACCCUUUGUUACCCUUUUUACCCUUUUGUUACCCUUGUUACCCCUUGUUACCCUUGUUACCCCUUGUUACCCUUUGUUGCCCUUGUUACCCUUUGUUACCCCUUGUUGUUACCCCCCUUGUUACCCUUGUUACCCCUUGUUGCCCCUUGUUACCCUUUGUUACCCCUUUUACCCCUGUUACCCUUGUUACCCUUAUUACCCCUUGUUACCCCUUGUUACCUUGUUACCCUUGUUACCCCUUUACCCUUAUUACCCUUGUUACCCUUGUUACCCCUUGUUACCCCUUGUUACCCCUUGUUACCCCUUUGCCCCUGUUACCCUUGUUACCCUUGUUACCCUUGUUACCCCUUGUUACCCCUUUGUUACCCCUUGUUUACCCUUGUUACCUUGUUACCCCUUGGUAUCCUUGUUACCCCUUGUUACCUUGUUACCCCUUGUUACCCCUUGUUACCCCUUGUUACCCCUUGUUACCCCUUGUUACCCUUGUUACCCUUGUUACCCCUUGUUACCCUUGUUACCCUUGUUACCCCUUGUUACCCUUGUUACCCCUUCUUACCCUUGUUACCCCUUGUUACCCCUUGUUACCCUUUGUUACCCUUUGUUACCCCUUGUUACCCUUGUUACCCCUUGUUACCCCUUGUUACCCUUGUUACCCUUGUUACCCUUGUUACCCCUUUUUCCCCUUUUUUACCCCUUUGUUACCCUUGUUACCCCUUGUUACCCUUGUUACCCUUGUUACCCUUGUUACCCCUUGUUACCCCUUGUUACCCUUUGUUACCCUUGUUACCCCUUGUUACCCCUUGUUUGUAACCCUUGUUACCCUUGUUACCCCUUGUUUACCCUUGUUACCCCUUGUUACCCCUUGUUACCCUUUUACCCCUGUUACCCCUUGUUACCCCUUGUUACCCUUGUUACCCUUGUUACCCUUGUUACCCUUGUUUACCCUUAUUACCCCUUGUUACCCCUUAUUGUUUGUUACCUUGUUACCCCUUGUUACCCCUUGUUACCCCUUGUUACCCUUGUUACCCCUUGUUACCCCUUGUUACCCUUGUUACCCUUGUUACCCUUGUUACCCCUUGUUACCCUUGUUACCCUUUGUUACCCUUGUUACCCUUGUUACCCUUGUUACCCCUUGUUCCCCUUGUUACCCCUGGUUACGCUUGUUGCCUUUGUUACCCCUUGUUACAUUUGUUACCCCUUGUUACCCUUGUAACCCCUUGUUAUCUUUGUUACCCUUGUUACCCCUUGUUACCCUUGUUACCCCUUGUUACCCCUCUUACCCCUUGUUACCCCUCUUUGCCCUUGUUACCCUUGUUAUCCAUUCUUACCUUUCUUACCCCUUGUUACCCCUGUUACCCCUUGUUAGCCUACCCUUGUUACCCUUGUUACCCCUUGUUGUUACCCUUGUUACCCCUUGUUACCCCUUGUUACCCUUGUUACCCCUUGUUACCCCUUGUUACCCUUGUUACCCUUGUUACCCCUUGUUACCCUUGUUACCCCUUGUUACCCCUUGUUACCCUUGUUACCCCUUGUUACUCCUGUUACCCUUGUUACCCCUUGUUACCCCUUGUUACCCUUGUUACCCCUUGUUACCCUUGUUACCCUUGUUACCCCUUGUUACCCCUUGUUACCCCUUGUUACCCUUGUUACCCCUUGUUUACCUUACCCCUUGUUACCCUUGUUACCCCUCCCCUUUUACCCUUGUUACCCUUGUUACCUUGUUACCCCUUGUUACCCCUUUGUUACCCCUUGUUACCCUUGUUACCCUUGUUACCCUUGUUACCCUUGUUGCCCCUCUUACCCUUGUUACCCUUGUUACCCCUUGUUACCCCUCCCCUGUUACCCUUUUACCUUUGUUACCCCUUGUUACCCCUUGUUACCCCUUUUGUUACCCCUUGUUACCCCUUUGUUGUUACCCUUGUUACCCUUCUUACCCUUGUUACCCUUGUUACCCCUUGUUACCCCUUGUUACCCCUUGUUACCCCUGUUACCCCCUUGUUACCCCUUGUUACUCUUGUUACCCUUGUUACCCUUGUUACCCUUGUUACCCCUUGUUACCCUUUUGUUACCCUUUGUUACCCUUUUGUUACCCCUUGUUACCCCUGUUACCCCUUUACCCUUGUUACUUGUUACCCUUGUUACCCUUGUUACCCCUUGUUACCCUUGUUACCCUUGUUACCCCUUGUUACCCUUGUUACCCUUGUUACCCUUUGUUACCCUUUUUACCCCUUGUUACCCCUUGUUCCCCUUGUUACCCUUGUUACCCCUUGUUACCCUUGUUACCUUGUUUACCCUUGUUACCCUUGUUACCCUUGUUACCCCCUGCCCUGUUACCCUUUGUUACCCUUUUGUUACCCUUGUUACCCUUUGUUACCCCUUGUUACCCUUGUUACCCUUGUUACCCCUUGUUACCCCCUUGUUACCCUUGUUACCCUUUGUUACCCUUUGUUACCCCUUGUUACCCUUGUUACCCCUUGUUACCCCUUUACCCUUGUUACCCUUGUUACCCCCUUGUUACCCCUGUUACCCUUGUUACCCUUGUUACCCCUUGUUGCCCUUGUUACCCUUGUUACCCCAGCAAUUGUUACCUUGUUACCCUUGUUACCCUUGUUACCCUUGUUACCCUUGUUACCCCUUUUGUUGUUACCUUUGUUACCCUUUGUUACCCCUUGUUACCCCUUGUUACCCUUUACCCCUUGUUACCCUUGUUACCCUUGUUACCCUUGUUACCCCUUGUUACCCUUGUUACCCCUUGUUACCCCUUGUUACCCUUGUUACCCUUGUUACCCUUGUUACCCCUUGUUACCCCUUGUUACCCUUGUUACCCCUUGUUACCCUUGUUACCCCUUCCUUGUUACCCCUUGUUACCCUUGUUACCCCUUGUUACCCCUUGUUACCCUUGUUACCCCUUGUUACCCUUGUUACCCUUGUUACCCCUUGUUGCCCUUUUUGUUACCCUUGUUACCCCUUGUUACCCUUGUUACCCCUGUUACCCCUUGUUACCCCUUGUUACCCUUGUUACCCCUUGUUACCCUUGUUACCCUUGUUACCCUUGUUACCCCUUGUUACCCUUGUUACCCCUUGUUACCCCUUGUUACCCCUUGUUACCCCUUGUUACCCUUGUUACCCCUUGUUACCCUUGUUACCCUUUGUUACCCCUUGUUACCCUUGUUACCCUUUGUUACCCUUGUUACCCCUUGUUACCCCUGUUACCCCUUGUUACCCCUUGUUACCCUUGUUACCCCUGUUACCCCUUGUUACCCCUUGUUACCCUUAUUACCCCUUGUUACGCCUUGUUACCCUUGUUACCCCUUGUUACCCCUGUUACCCCUUGUUACCCCUUGUUACCCCUUGUUACCCCUUUGCCCUACCCCUUGUUACCCCCUGUUACCCUUGUUACCUUGUUACCCUUUGUUACCCUUUGUUACCCCUUGUUACCCCUUGUUACCCUUGUUACCCUUGUUACCCCUUGUUACCCUUGUUUACCCUUGUUACCCCUUUACCCCUGUUACCCUUGUUACCCCUUGUUACCUUUUGUUACCCCCUUGUUACCCUUGUUACCCUUUUUUACCCCUUUACCCUUGUUACCCUUUGUUACCCUUUUGUUACCCCUUACCCUUUACCCCAUUGUUACCCUUGUUACCCUUUGUUACCCCAUGUUACCCUUGUUACCCCUUGUUACCCUUGUUACCCUUUUUACCCCUUGUUACCCCUUGUUACCCUUGUUACCCCUUGUUACCCUUGUUACCCCUUGUUAUCCCUUGUUACCCCUUGUUACCCUUGUUACCCUUGUUACCCUUCUUGCCCAUUGUUACCCCUUGUUAUCCUUGUUACCCUUGUUGCCCAUUGUUACCCUUUGUUACCCCCCUUGUUACCCCUUGUUACCCUUGUUACCCCUUUGUUACCCUUUGUUACCCUUGUUACCCUUGUUACCCUUGUUACCCCUUGUUACCCCCUUGUUUGUUACCCUUUGUUACCCCUUACCCUUGUUACCCCUUGUUACCCUUUGUUUACCCUUGUUUACCCCUUGUUUACCCUUUUACCCCUUGUUACCCUUGUUAACCCUUGUUACCCUUUUACCCCUGUUACCCUUGUUACCCUUGUUACCCCUUGUUACCCUUGUUACCCCUUGUUACCCUUGUUACCCUUGUUACCCCUUGUUACCCUUGUUACCCCUGUUACCCCUGUUACCCUUGUUACCCUUGUUACCCCUGUUACCCCUUGUUACCCUUGUUACCCCUUUUACCCCUUGUUACCCUUGUUACCCCUUGUUUACCCUUGUUACCCUUUUACCCCUUGUUACCCCUUGUUACCCUUGUUGCCCCUUUGUUACCCUUGUUACCCCUUGUUACCCUUUGUUACCCUUGUUACCCUUUGUUACCCCUGUUACCCUUUUACCUUACCCCUUUGUUUGUUACCCCUUGUUACCCUUGUUGCCCUUGUUAACCUUGUUACCCCUUGUUACCCUUGUUACCCCUUUUACCCUUGUUACCCUUGUUACCCCUUGUUACCCAUUGUUACCCUUGUUACCCCUUGUUUGUUACCCUUAACUUUCUACCCCCCCCUGUUACCCCUUGUUACCCUUGUUCUCCCUUUUACCCCCUUUUUUACCCCUUGUUACCCUUGUUACCCCUUUUACCAUUGUUACCCCUUGUUACCCCUGUUGCCCUUUUUUUUACCCUUGUUCCCCUUUUACCCUUUUGUUUUACCCCUCUUUUUACCCCUUGUUACCCCUUGGUACCCCUAUUUCCAGUUCUUAACUGUUGUUACUCUUGUUGCCCUUGUUACCCCUUUUACUCCUUGUUACCCUUGUUACCCCUUGUUACCUCUUAUUACCCUUGUUAGCCCUUGUUACCUCUUGUUACCCCUGUUACCCCUUUCUACUCCUUGUUACCCUUGUUGCCCCUUGUUACUCUUGUUACCCCUUGUUACCCCUGUUACCCCUUGUUACCAUUGUUACCCCUAGGUACCCCUUGUUACCCCUGUUACCUGUUGUUACCCGUUGUUACCCCCUGUUACCCUUUGUUACCCCUUGUUGCCCUUGUUACCCCUUGUUACCCUUGUUACUCCUUUUUGCCCCUUUUACCCCUUGUUUGUUCAUUUUGUAAAACCUGAUUAGAAGACGAGGAGCAUUUUUUAAUGUAUUGCAUAGCCUAUAGGGAUCCUAGGAGAGAGCUGUUGAAUACACUUAAAAAGGCAAACACGUGUAUCUAGGCGCUCUGUUGAUAAUAAAGCACUUAUCCUAUCCUUAUCCUAUCCUGUUACCCCUUGUUACCCCUUGUUACCACUUUUACCCCUUGUUGCCCCUGUUACCCCUUGUUACCCCUUGUUACCCUUGUUCCCCCUGUUACCCUUGUUACCCCUUGUUACCCUAGUUACCCCUUGUUAACCUUGUUACCCCUUGUUACCCCUUGUUACCGCUUGUUACCCCUGUUACCCCUGCUACCUGUUGUUACUCCUUGUUACCCCUUGUUACCCUUGUUACCCUUGUUACCCCUUGUUACCCCUCUUACCCCUUUUUACUAUUGUUACCCCUGUUACCCCUUGUUACCCCUGUUACCCCUUGUUACCCCUGUUACCCCUUGCUACCCUCGUUACCCCUUGUUACCCAUGUUACCCUUGUCGCCCUUGUUACCCAUUUUUUACCCCUGUUACCCCUUGUUACCUCUUGUUACCCUUGUUAGCCCUUGUUACCUUUGUUACCCCUUGUUACCCCUUGUUACCAGUGUUACCCCUUGUAACUCCUUGAUUCCCUUGUUGCCCCUCUUACCCCUUGUUACCCCCUGUUACCCUUGUUACCCCUUGUUACCCUUGUUACCUCUUGUUAUCCUUGUUACCCCUUGUUACCCUUGUUACCCCUUUUUUACCCCUGUUACCCCUGUUCCCCCUUGUUACUGUUGUUUCCCCUUUUUACCCUUGUUACGUCUUGUUACUUUUUUUACCCCUUGUUACCCCUUGUUAUCCUUGUUACCCCUUGUUAACUUUGUUACCCUUGUUACCCCUUGUUACCCUUGUUACCCCUUGUUACCCCUGUUACCCCUUGUUUCCAUUGUUACCCCUGUUACCCCUUGUUACCAUUGUUACCUCUUGUUGCCCCUGUGACUCCUGUUACUUCUAUUUACCCCUGUUACCCGUUGUUACCCCUUGUUACGCCUGGUACACUGCUUGUUGGAAGAGUACUGUUGUGAAUUGUUACCGUGGAUAAAUAAAGUUUUGGUGCUAUUUCUACUACUACUACCACUACCACUACCACUACCACUACCAUUACCACUACCACUACCACUCCUACGACUUAAUUAACGUUAGCGAAAUAAUCUCGCACUUUAUCGAAACGACUUAGGACGUUAGCGAAAUGACUCGUUGCUGAAACGGCUGUAAACCCUUGGAAAUCUCUCUAUUUUUUCUUUCAAUGAGAAAGAGAAAUUACCAAAGAUUAUUGUACGUAGAGCUUUUUUUUUUCUCGCCUUAGGGAGAAGAAGAAGGAGCUGCAGCCAUGGUUCCGUCUGAUGAUGAAGGGGAAAUGGAAGACAUGAAAGCGCGCCUGGAGGCACUCCGUAGCUAAUUAACAAAAUUAGAAGUUUAGAUAGCCUGCGAGAAGGUAGCCUGUGCCAGGCUCCCAGAUAGUAGGGACCGAAAACAAGGUCAAGGGGAAAAUAGGACGCGCGUGGGGGGGGGCUGGAGAAGCUCCAGCCUCCGUGCGUUUUUCGCGUCAAUUUUCUCGAGCUCCUCGCGCUACUAUAUUGGAGUCUGGAACAGGCUAACGAACAGGGCGGUUUCCUAGCAGUAAAUUUAUGAGAAAGUCCGUUAACGGCUUUCAGUAACGAGAAAGUUGACGUCAUGAACAACAGGAAUGACAAUGUCUUUGCCCUUUUCUAUACAUGUGCUUUGCCUAAAUUUUUUUAACCAAAAACGGGGGAAUGGGAGAAAGGCGCUCUUCAAUCCCCUCCUUGGACAGACUGUAAUUUUAUUAUUAUCUACUGCA